AUGAAUAAUUAUCUCAAUUCAGAAGUUUAUUAUUAUUUUGAACAAAUCAUUCAAAAGUAUUGGGAUAUCGUGUAUAAUAGCAGUAAACUACAGGUUUGGGUGCUAUCAGUGGUAUGUUGUGUUGUGAUUGGGGUCAGUACUAUGUUUCCACUAUUUCUCAUCUCAUUUUCAAACAACAAUUGUCUCAUAAACACUGACUCUUCGUCCAAGACUUUACUUAAAUAUUUGUUAAGUUUUGCUGUCGGGGGUCUUCUCGGCGAUGUAUUCCUACAUCUAUUGCCCGAAGCAUCCCAUCAAUUGCUCAGCACUGGCAUCAAUGCACGUCAUGUCCAGCUAUACCUCGGCUUAUGGACACUGAUUGGCAUCUUGUGUUUCGCUUUCACCGAAUCCUUCUUCAGUCAUAUUCACAAACAUAACCAACAAAGCGAUGGUUCAGUCAAUCACUGCUGCAAUACCGAUGACCAACACAUCACUAAUGAUGGGAUUUGCAAGACAAAAUGUGCCGGUUCAUCUGAAGCAUAUAAAGUGAAUAUAAUGGGAUACCUGAAUCUGUUGGCCAAUGCGUUUGAUAACCUGACGCAUGGAGUGGCAGUGGGUGCGAGUUUCCUGGUGAGCAUCAAAAUGGGAUUCCUCACCACAUUCGCCAUUGCCAUCCAUGAGAUUCCUCAUGAAAUCGCAGACUUUGCUAUACUCAUAAAGUCGGGGUUUAAUAAAUGGCAGGCAGUCAGGGCUCAGGCAUCGAUCGCAGGCGUCACUGUAUUUGGCUGUCUUCUCAUUUUGUUGGCCGACUCUACCGAUGCCAUUGACAUCCAAACAGUUUGGAUUUUGCCGUUCACUUCGGGAGGAUUUCUGUACAUCUCUUUAGUCAGUAUUUUACCCGAACUCUUGUCUGAAGCCAACUUCGAUCACUCCAUCAAACAAACCCUUUUCAUAAUCAUUGGCGUCUCUGUCAUGGCUUUUGUUAAUUUGAUCGCAGAUUAA